AAACUUUGCCGCGGGCUGCUGUACAAUGAAAUACAUCGAAUCGGACAGUCGAACUAUGGCUAUGUCAUUGAAGGUUAUCCCAGGAACGAGGACCAACUGAAGGAUCUACAGUCUGUGCUGGGAAGGAUUGAUCUUGCAAUUCUCAUCGACUGCACAGAGCAGUUUUGCAUGGUUGCUAUUGCGAAACGGCAUGAGGUGGACAACGCUCAGCGCCAAGAUGAUGAUCCAGCCGUAGUGAAGAAGAGGAUGGCAUCGUUCAAGGUCAACACUCUUCCAAUGUUGAAAUCGCUAGACGAACAAGGAAUAUUACGAGUG